UCAACGUUUGAAUAUAUUGCGCCUGGCUUUCAUAUCCCACUUAUAAAAACAUUUUCGUUCGUUUAUUAUAGUGUUUUUUGUUGUUCCAAUAUUAGUAUUAUUAUUAAGUAAUUUAUCCCUCUCUACUAGAGUGUUAGUGUAUGUAUGGCUGGGUUGGACUUAACCUCACCUUCCCACUUCGCCUCUCCCCUCCUCCGCCCCAACCUCCACCUCCACCGCCCCCUCGAUUCCGACGAUGACACCACCAACAACAAUUCAUCCGGCGAGACGGUCGCGCGUCGCCAGCGCGGCCGCCCCGCGGGGUCGAAGAACAAGCCGAAGCCGCCCGUGAUAAUCACGCGCGAGAGCGCCAACACGCUCCGGGCCCACAUCCUGGAGGUGGCCUCCGGCUGCGACGUCUUCGAGGCCGUCGCCGCCUACGCCGCCCGCCGCCAGCGCGGGAUCUGCAUCCUCAGCGGCACCGGCACCGUCACCAACGUCAGCCUCCGCCAGCCCGCCGCCACCCUCCAGGGCUGCUUCGAGAUCCUAUCCCUCUCCGGCUCCUUCCUGCCGCCGCCGGCGCCCCCCGGCGCCACCAGCCUCACCAUCUACCUCGCCGGCGGGCAGGGCCAGGUGGUCGGCGGGAAUGUCGUCGGCGCCCUCAUCGCGUCCGGCCCCGUCAUCAUCAUCGCGGCCUCGUUCACCAACGUGGCGUACGAGCGGCUGCCCCUGGUGGACGAGGACGAGGGGAAUAUUCAGAUGCAGCAGCCGCCGCCGGCGUCCGCCCAGUUCCCUGAUCUGCCUUUCUUUAAUGGGCAGCAGCAGCUCCCCAUUGAGGGUGCAUGGGCUGGGAACUCCGCCGGCCGGCCGCAGCCGUAUUAGGGUUUAUAAGGUCAGAUGUCAUCAUCCAUGUACACAAAUUUGUUCCCUUCAAUUAAUUUAGGUCUUGUUUUCUUCAUAAGUCAUUUCAGAACAAAAAAUUGAUUUGAGAAAUAAGUUUUGGGGUAUACACACUUUGAGACCAUAUUAAUUUU